UGAGGGGAGGAGCCGCUGGGGGGGGUGUGUUCGUGGGGUGGGAGUUCUAUGGGCCCGGCCCACGGUGUGCACUCCCACACCAGGAAAACGUGUGGGCUUCCCACGGGCGAGCAGUGUGCGAGGAGUGGGGGUGGAUCUGCUUCCUGCUCCGGCGGGAUGGAGCAGCAGCCAAAGCCCAUGGCCAGUGUCACGGAGCUGGAGCGGUGGCUCAUCCUGCCUACGCUGUUUGAGCUCCGGACUGGGGAGUGGAUAAAGCCAAAGAAGACUCUCUCAAUCCAGCCAUGCAGAGCUUUGGGACGGGCACUUGUGCAGCCCUGUUGCAAAAGGGUGAACUGUGCCUCUGUUCCUGCACAGCAAAGCUUGUCCGGUCCUGGGAGAGCUGCCUGGAAAUGGUUUUAAGUUUCUCAUGCUCUGUGCUAAAAGGAACGUUGUGCUGCUGCUUUCAACACCUCCGUUCCUGCCUGACUUUGACUCCGAGUGUCCCCUCAGGACUCUUUUUAGGCAGGUUUUUGUACCAGCUUGUCCCGUGUCUUCCAUUUCUGCCCGGUUUACGGAGAGCCCUAAAGCAGCCGGGAGCAGCGGGAGGUCGGAGCCACUUCCUGCCUUGUGCCCUUCCUCCUUGUGCCCUCACACGCCUCUCACGCUGAGGCUAUUUUCCUUUCUUUUUGUUUCCUGUGUAAGAUAAAGCGACAGACCCAGGUAUCCCCGAGGAAAACUGGGAAUGCAUCCAGCGGUUCUGUGACCAGGUGAACGCUGACACGGACGGGUAAGGCAGGCAGACGGCUCUUGGGGUUCGCUCCUGGCUGGGUGCCUGGCUCUGAGCUUCCCUCACGGCUGCAGGGAAUGGGGCCUGGGACAGAGCUGGGAGCGCUGGCUGGGCUCUGCUGCUCCCCAGUGUCUGUGGUGUGGGGAGGCUGGUGUCUAGGAAUGGGCUCUGAUGUCCAUUGCUGCACCCCUGCUGCUCUGUCACCAGCCUCUUGGGAGACUGGCCAAGGAAUCCUGGGGUGGGGAUCUGCAGGGAGGCCCUGGGUGAGCUCAGCCUCUGCUUUUCCUUUCAGAGAGGUGGGAGAUCCCACAUCCCAGCUGACAGUCUGCGCUCUGUGGGAAGGAGCAGGAACUAAUUAAACUGGUCAAAGCUUAGUGAUGCUCUUCCUUCAGAGCAGACACCCGUGUGUUCAUGCCAUGUACCAGCCCAUCGCUUGCACCGAGGCUGCUGGCACAUAAGAUACAGUCACCUCAGGAGAUGGAAGCUCUCCACGCGCUCACAGUGCUGGAGACCUGUGUGAAUAACUGCGGUGAAAGAUUUCACAGGGAAAUAGCAAAGUUCAGGUUUCUGAAUGAGCUGAUCAAAGUGCUUUCCCCAAAGUACUAUGGAACCUGGUCUUCAGCAAAAGUCAAGUUGAGAGUCACAGAAGUGAUAUUCAGUUGGACAGUCUGGUUUCCUCAGGAAGCUAAAAUCCAGGAUGCUUAUCAGAUGCUGAAGAAACAAGGAAUCGUAAAAGAAGACCCCAAAUUUCCAGAAGACAGAAUUUUACCUCCCCCUUCUCCAAGACCUCAGACUUCUAUUUUUGACACAGAUGAAGAGAAAUCCAAGCUCCUGGCGAGGCUUUUGAAGAGCAACCACUCUGAGGACCUGCAGGCUGCCAACCGUCUGAUCAAGAGCAUGAUCAAGGAGGAACAAGAAAAGUCAGCUCAGGUGUCCAGAAGAGUGACCACCAUCAGUGAGGUUUCUGAGAACGUUAAACAUAUGGAAGAAUUACUAAAAAACUACAAGAGACAAGAAUUAUCCAGAUCUGACCAGGAGACCCUACAGACUCUGUUUCAACGCUGUGAGAAGCUCAGGCCGCUGCUCUUUCGCCUUGCCAGUGAGACAGUGGAUGACGAUGAGGCUCUAGCUGAGAUACUGCAGGCCAAUGACAAGCUCAUCCAGGCACUCAGACAGUACAGGCAGGUCGUAGCCAGCCAUGAAGAUGGGGCUGGAGGAGGUCCAGUCACCAGCGCUGCGGAGGCACCAGCACACCAACCACCCCCAAGGCGCACGAAGAGCUACACAUUGAUCGAUUUCUCCGAGCUGGAGGCGAUGUCCCAGUCUCCCACAGACCGGUCUGCAAAUACAACCACCACCUCCCGCCACAGCAGCACCACCUCUGCCUGUGUGCUCGAGGAGGAGCUGAAGUCAUUAGAUCUCAGCAACUCUCCUGUUGUACAGAAACCACCUCCCGAUUUUGGCUUUGCAGAGACUGCUGUACACAAUGGCUAUGGUGAAGUUGUAAGUGCUGCUCCAAUACUGGGACUGCAGGAGGGCUGGGAAGACGCCUGUUCAGAGAAGAAUGAACUUCAGGGCCUGCUUGAUCAGCUCUCUCCACCCUCCAGCAGCCGGACGUUAUCUUGGGAUUUAUCACCAAUGACAUUGCCCUUCCCAGAUCUUCCAAAUAGCUCAAUGGCAGAUACCUCAUUCUCCAGUCUAGGCUACGAGCAGAAGCCUGCUGCCUCUUUGCAUCCAGCUUCCCACGAUGCUUCUCUAGAAAACCUUUUUGUCCCCUUAAUUUCAAUUACACCGAGUGGUAUCUGUCCACUUACUGUGUUCGAUAGGAAUGGUUUCAAGGCUAUGCUCCACUUCUCGAGAGACCCUGCUCCUGGCCGACCACAUGUGCUGGUGAUGGUUCUUUCCAUGCUGAGCACAUCAGCUCAGCCGAUUAAGGACAUCGCGUUCCAGGCUGCAGUCCCAAAGACCAUGACAAUAAAGUUACAACCAGCCUCCGGUUCUGAGCUGCCUGCCUUCAGCCCUCUUCUCCCCCCUGCCAUGGUAUCCCAGGUCCUGCUGCUCUCCAAUCCACACAAGGCUCCCAUCCGGCUGAGGUACAAACUCACGUUCACACAAGGCGUGCAGCCCUGCAGCGAGGUGGGAGAGGUGGCCGGCUUCCCGGAGGCAGAGCUCUGGGGCAGGAGCUGAAGUUCAGCUGGCUUGGACAUUGCCAUAGAGCCUUAGCUGUGUGUGUGGGGAGGGACUGCGUGCCAGCAGUGCUGGCCUGGCCUCCGGAAUGUAGGAAUCUGCCAUCUCCUCCUUCCUUUUGGUUUCUGUGCUGGGGUCUGGCCGGAGGGGUGUAAACUACCUGCUUCUGCCAUGGCCUUUCCCUGUAGCUGACCCUGCUUUACAGGAGGCUGCUGCAGAGCCCUGCAGACUUCAUGCUUCUCCCAGACAAGUCUCUCCAGCUGCUUUCUGGGCCAGUUUUCCCUUUACCCCAUUACUUUUUUAAUUAAAACCCUAAAAAGUAAACCUACA